AUGUCGGGGGACCAGCCCUCUCGCUUCGCGGAUGAUGAAAUAAGAACCCCAAGGUUUAUCAACGAACAGAAAUAUAACGCCGACCAAAAUUCAGUCGACCAACGAUUAAAGCGACUCAGGGAAGAAGUCCUCCCGUUCUACCCUUUUCUCCUCACUGUUCCCACUGAUGUCCCUUUCCGCCUCGGGAGUCGCUUUGUCAACAACUGGGCAGUGAGUAAUGACGGGCCAUUCACGCCAGAGGAACAACAGCUGCAAUAUAUGACAUUCCUCACACAUCACGAAGGAGAUUCUUUGCUAGUGGCUGUGGGUGAUUGGUCUGACGCGACAGGGAACGUCAUGUCCGAUCAGCGUUCCGGGGCUCAAAGUGCUGCAAGCACGCCAUCACACAAUUCUGUAAAGAAGAAGAUAAGUCUAAAUGACUACAAGAAUAGAAGGAAGAGUGGCACCUCCGCUUCCCCUAUCGGUCACGGAGCCGCUAACCAAAGCGCCUCGGUAUUUCACUCUCCCGAUGUCAGUCAACGAGCUGCUAAAGCUAGCUUGGCUGGCAAUGACUUGCGGAGGCCAGUGGAAAAGCCUCAUGCUGUCCAAUCACGAGCCGAACCUUUGAGGUCACAACAAAAGGGCUCAAUGCUUUCCAAAAAGCCAAGGACAUCUCCAGACCCUGCGAAAGUCGACCGGCUGAAGGGGAAUGGACUACCUGCUCUUCUUUCACCGACCCUUCCCCCAACUUCAAGCAGCCCAAGACUACCUCGGCUUUUAUCUCCCACGCUGCCUCCGGACAUCGAGAAAGAGUUGGCCAGGUUUGGCGAGGGGUUCUUGGGCUUAGGCUCAUCGCAACCCGCAGCUACUUUCAGCUCGCAUAGCAAACAACCCCAUCAUGGGUAUGACAAACGGACGCCCUCAAGUACGGAUAUAUCGACUAACGAUGCCUCUCUGCCCGCAAGAGCCGACUUACAACCCCACAUGGGACAUCCGACACAACGCCUAAUCGGCUCACCGCCGCCUCAACAGGCUGCUUCAGCUAGGUCGCAACUAGUCAAAUUAAAGUAUGGAAGAUCAAACAGAAAGCGAAUCGAGGCUCUCCUUAAAUUUUCCGGUAAGAGGAAAUCGGCCCCGCCAAGUUCACCUGUGAAGAAUGCGCUAGACAUUGAGCCCUCCCACUCUUCGAAAGCCAGGCAAGCCGCAGCGAAGGCGCCGCCGUCUGACCGGCAGGAUCACAACAAGUCACAGCGCUUUGAAUGGAAAGGGAAACACAUGCCGACAACAUCCACCCUGAGAGAGCACACAAAGGUUCCAGAAAAACCUCAAACUCCUGUGCCUUAUGUUCCGAAAGCAGUAGUAAACCCACCAGACAGGCAGAAACGAAGUUCGUUGACCCCGGUAAAAGACCUCAAGUCUUCUGCCAGCCGGUUGGAUCCGUCUAGUGGCAACGACGGGAGGCCCUCUUCUCACUCAGCCGCUAAGCGUCCCGGGAAUUUAGCUACCCCUUCAAAAUGCUCGUCUCCGCAACCAAGCGAUAUGGCUUCUCGUCAUUGUGACCGUCGCGCUUGGAAGGACGAGAAUCAAAAAUACGCGAAUCUGGGCCGUGAAUUAAAGCAUGCAGCGGAACGACACACAGCCAAAGAUCAUGUAACUGCCGUUGACGAAAAACUCGCGGCCGCUACAGCAAUUGAGGCUAUCCUUUGCUUCAUUCUAGCAUUUGUUGCUGAUGAUCAGUUUAAAACUCUAUCUCGCCAAGCUGCAGACUCGUCUUCUUGGCUAUCCAUCCUCGCAUAUUGGCGUGUGGUAAAAAAGAACAGUGCUCUCUAUCCGCGACUAUAUAACCUCUGCCUGAUCCUCGGCGCUAUCUCAUAUAAUGCUAUCCACGCGCUUGACCUUGAACGGCUUGCUGCCACACCCUUGCCCGGAGAGAACACACCCGUGCCCGCUCCAGGAAGCGAUGGAGCUGCCGCUGCAUCAGAAGAACAUAAAAAGAAUCGAAGGGAGCUUCUUGAGCUGAAGAACCGUCUGCCCGAAUGCUAUAAGGAAUCUCAGAAAUUAUGGCUUGAAGGCUCCCGUGGUCUUUCUGAAGAUGUGCUUGCUCGCGAAUUUCCAGGCACUUGGUCGAAACGAUCCAGGAAUUUUUCUGAGUUGGGGAAGCACCGCCUGAAAGCUGGCGAGUAUUCUGGUGAGUUUUUCUUGCCAGUUGGACGGAUCAAUUCUCCUCUGGAGAUAAUUCGCUUCAGCCAUGCAUUUCUGAGUGAAUGGUGCAUGAAGGAAGGUGUACGAUGGAGCAGCCGACUUAAGCUGUAAAUGUGACGAUUUGUAUCAUGCAUUCGCCUUUACUUUUCACGUCACAAUAUCUACUCUGUUGCAAUGACUUUCAGUUGGCGUUUGUGGCAACAGGUGUCCAAGGAAUUUCUUUUUGCCUGCUGUUGAUACAUGAUACCACGGGUUGUAUAUGCUUAUGCUUAGAAGGCGGCCAGGUGCUCUUUUCUCUUGCCUUAGUCCUAUGUCUGUGAGAUACAUCAAAGGCGAACAGUCAUGAUCGAAUGGUUGCUGCCUAGAUUAGCGUGGGUAUUGAGCCUGGAGCUUGAGCCAGGUAGCUAGGGCUGCAGGUGUUGAAAGAUAUACUGUCGCAAUGAAAUUCAUCUCCUACUAGGU